AUGAAUUGUGAAAAAUCAAGUUUAACUCAAAUUACAAAUGAAUCAAAUGCAACAAUUAAUAUUCAAAUGUCAAAUAGCAACAAAACAUCAAUUAAAGAAAAAACAUUAUUAAAAUCUUCGAUUAUUGAUGGAAUAGAACAUUUAUUAUUAAAACAAAAACAACAAAAUAUUCAAAUAAAUUUGGGGGCGUUAAUUAUAAGAAGUUCAUUGAAGGAUUUUUUUAUUAUUAAAUAUAUUAUUGAUAAUGCUUUAAUUACUUGGGAAAAAUCACAAACUCAAUCAUUUUUUUGGUCUGAUUCAAAUUUUGUUAAUACUAAAAAUUCUUAUCAAAUAAUUCCUAAAAAAUGGCGUUUUAAUUGUAAUCAACUUUGUAUUUGGAUUUUAAAAGAAACUACGGCAGCAACAACAACAAAUUCUAGUGGUAGUAUGGCUCCAUUUUUGCGUUUUAAUUUAUUCGGAUUAAAUGCGCAUUGGACCUCUCGCCAUUUAGAAACAAAUUUUUCUGUUAGUAUAGAUAAUUAUCGUGAACGUGCACCUCUUGGUUGGGAGCCAUUAUUAGAAUGUUGGCGUAUUGCAAGGCUUGAAUUGGAAGAAAAUGCUCAACAAAAAUGGAAUUUAUGGUUAAGACCGGCAGAUGACAGUCUAGCAGAAUUAAAUAUUACGCAAACAUUUGUUGAGGAUUUGAUAGAUUUUAUUGAAAUUAAUAAUAAACUUUUUUUACAAACAACAACAACAAAUAAAACUUUAAAUUUAAUUGAACAAACAAGAAAUCAGAAUUACAAAACGUCAAAAACAACAACAAAAACAUCAAUAAACAAUGCUGAUAAUAAUUCAUUUUCGGAAAGCUAUAAAAUUCAAAAUCAGAAUUCUGCUUCGGGUAGUGCAAAACAACGCUCAAAUUCUUUCCUUUCUACUUCUACAAAAUACAUGUCAAGAUGUAAUGCUUUUGAUUCAAUCAAAAUUUCAAAUCCUUCUGAUAUUGAUCUUAACAUACAAUUGGAUUUACCUGCUGGAAUAGGAAUUUCACUUAUUGGAAAUAAUUGUGAAAAUAAUUUCAACAACAAUUCUAUCGACGAAUUACAACAACAAGAAGAAUUAAUUUAUGCCCGUUUUUAUUCUGUUCGUAUAGGCAUUUUAAAACAUCAAAAUAAUACUUAUGUUUUUAAUUGUUCUUCACAGUCUAUACAAUUUGAUAAUCAAAUUCUUGGGGCCGAUAGGCAUAAUUUAUUUUUUUGUGAUCCUAAUGCUCUUCGGGAUGAACCUGUGGUUGGCCCUUUUCCAGCACUUAAUUUUGAAAUGAGUUAUACUUCAACAGAUAUAUUGGAUGCAUAUGAGUCUUUUCGUCUUAAACUUUGUAAUUCUUGUGUUCUUCUUGAUGAACAAUUAAUUUGGAGACUUGUAUAUUUUAUUAAAAAUAUUGUUGAAUAUACUAGAAGAAAUAAAUUGAAAGAAAAACAACAAAAUGAAAAAAUUCAAACUCAACAAGUGACUAAAAAUUGUUAUUUUGGUGCAUUUCAACUUGAAUUUGGAGAUAUUUCUCUUUCUGUUUUAACUACCGACAAAAAUGCUUUACCUCCUUGUUUACGGAUACUUAAAGAAAGAUAUGCUGAAACACUUUUACUUGUUAAUUUUGAAAAUGCUUUAGUUACCCUUGCACCAUUUUGGGCUCAUCGCUGUUUAACAACUUUAAAUAAUUUAUUUGCUAAUAUUGUUGAUUUUUAUAUUGGCCAACUUAAAAAACAAAAAUUAAAUAUUUUUGUCGCAAUGGAUGCAAUUGGAAAUCCUAGUGGAUUUGCUACAGAAUUUAAAGAAGGUUUUGAGGGCUUACUAUUUGAGGGUGAUGUUGCUGGUUUUACUUUUGGUAUUGGUUAUGGAGCUGCUAAUAGUAUUUCUAAAGUUGCUAGUUCAAUGGCACAAGGAGUUGGGGCUUUAACUUUUGAUGAUCAACACGAACAAUUUCGUCGUUGGAUGUUACGUUCAAAACCUGAACAUGAAGCUAAUGCUUUAGGCUAUCUUUAUGGAGGACUUAAAGGUUUUGGUGUUGGUGUAUAUGGAGGAUUAACUGCAAUUGCUAAAAAUACAUUUGUUGCAGCUAGACAAGAAGGGGUUUUACCGGGUGUCAUUCGUGGUGUUACAACGGGCGCUGUUGACACUUUCACAAAACCAUUGCAAGGAACAUUAGAUCUUGUAGAAGGAACAGCUUCUGCUAUACGUGAAGUUGUUGGUGCACCGCUUGUACGCCGUGCACAUUUCCCUAAAAAACGUUUACGUUUACCUCGUGUUUGUUCUUCUAUGAAUGGUUUACUUCCUUUAUAUUCUAAUGAAUUGGCUGAAGCACAACAAGAUUUAUUACGAAUUACAGGAACAUAUGCUUUAAAUGACGAUAACCGUCUUCUGUGUAUCGUUCCUUUCUAUGAACGUUUUACCCCAGAAGGAUGGAUUAUUCGUCAUCGUGCAUUAAUUGUUCCCUCUCAAAGUUAUAUUUGUAGAAAUAUUGUUGAAGGAGGAGGACAAGAAAAUUUAAAUUUUGAAGAAAAAACAAUUGUUACCCACAGAAUACUUUUUGAACAUUUAAAAAAUGUUCAAAUUUCCUCUUCAAAUAAUAAUUUAAAUAAAUAUAAAAGAUCUUCAUCUUCUUCAAAUUUAAAAACAACAACUACUACUACAACAACAAAUUGUAGACCUGUUGGAAUUGAUAUUUUCUAUAAUAAUUCUUCUACACAACAACAACAAAAUUCUUCAUUUAAUUAUCAAAUUAAUAAUAAACAACAACAACAAUUACCAGCUUUAACUUUAUUAUGUACAAAUUUAGAAUAUGCCCAAUUUUUGUCUAAACAAAUGAUGAAAGCUAAAGUUUUAUAUGAAAGACAUUUACAACUUAAACGUUUAAAUAAUGUUAAAAAUGAUGGAAAAAAGAAAAUAUUCCCAAUUUUUACAAUAUAA